GGUGCCCCGCACCAACAUGGCCGCCGCCUCGGAGUGAGCGCGACCGCCGCGAGCCGGCCGUUGCUGGGCAUGCUCCCUGGGUGCCCCGCACCAACAUGGCGGUCGUCUUCGCUGGGGUGACUUUAAUUCUCGGUUUUCGGUUCUAGCCAGCCAGUGCUCGUUUCUCUUCAGAAAGCUCGGAGCGCGUAGGGGAGCCCGGGAAGGGCAGGGAAGGUGCGGGGGUGAAAGGCGAGAGGGGACUGCAGGCAUCCGGGCCGGCUCCUGGCGGGCGGAAGAUGGCUGAGGGCGAGCGGCAGUCGCCGCCAGAUUCUUUGGAGGAUACCCCUCCAGCCACUCAGAACUUCAUCAUUCCAAAAAAAGAGAUCCACACUGUUCCAGACAUGGGCAAAUGGAAGCGUUCUCAGGUACCAGUGGUGUUUGCAGUCUGGGGUCAGAACUGGGAUGAGACCCUUGGGCCUUUUCUUUUCUUCUUCUUUUUCCUCUUUUUUUUUUUUGGCCACAUACAUGGCUUGUGGAAGUUCCUGGCCUAGGAUCAAACCUGAGCCACAGUAGCCACCCAAGCUGUUGCAGUGACAGUGCUGUACCACAAGGAAACUCCUUGGGCUUUUUCAAAGAUAGUAGUUUUCUAGGCCUUAUUUGAACUGUGAGCUUCUGACCCUUUUUACUUUUGGAGCCAGAGGUGUUUAGAAGCUAGAGAGAGGAGUUCCCAUCGUGGCGCAGUGGGAAUGAAUCUGACUAGCAUCUGUGAGGAUGCGGGUUCAAUCCCUGGCCUCGCUCAGUGGGUUAAGGAUCUGGUGUUGCUGUGAGCUGUGGUGUAGGUUGCAGAUGCAGCUCGGAUCCUCUGUUGCCAUGGCUGUGGUGUAAGCCAGCAGCUGUAGUUCCGGUUCGACCCCUAGCCUGGGAACUUCCAUGUGCUGAGGGUGCAGCCUUAAAAAGCAAAAAAAAAAAAAGGGAAGCUAGGGAGAGAGUUGACAGGGGAGCUGGCUGUCUCUUCCCUCUCAGGGUCUGUACUCAGAGAAUUUUAAUGGGAAGUUCUCUAGGCCAGGUGAGGAUAACUCUGGAGAGUUCUGCUCCUGAUCUGGUAAACCAUCACCCCUGGGGUAUUAUUGUAUUGGCUGAAUGCCUGAAAUGAUGGAGGGGUCCCUGGGAGCCAGCGUAUCAAAGGGGGAGAGGUUUACCACCUGGAAACCUUGGCCAGGAAGGCGGCUGAGCCUAAAAAUACCAGGGACUUGGGACCCCAGCUUUCUGUGCUGCUCAGUCUCCAUGGAAGGUGGAAGAUAACAGCUUGUGCCUCCCAGGCUUCUGGGACAGGCUGUGGAAAGACUGGGACCAAGAAAAAGAAAGCCAGUUUCAAGUCCCCAGGGUAGGCCUUGAGUCCAGCUCCAACUAGUUGCCUACAGCGGGUUUGGUCAGUAGGGGUUGAGGGUGUCACUUGUAUAGAAGGGCAGGCUCGGGGGGUCCUAGCAGGCUUAGCAGGUUCUCUAUGAGGAGUCUGCUGUGCUUCCAUUGAGCCCCAGCCCUACCACUGCCAUGUCCUGGCCUCAGUGGGGCUUGGGGUCAUGCCAGCCUCUCUGGCUCUUCUUUCACAAGCCUGCCAUUUAAAUAUCUCCUGAUGGUUAUUGUGUCUUUUCUGAGCUGUGUUCUCAGCCAAGUCUUUACCCAGAUAAAGUCCAUUAGCUGCCCAAAGGACAUGGUUUGAGUCCUUUCAUCACCUUGGUUGGUCUACCUCAGGUUUCUCGACCUCAGCACUAUUGACACUUGGGGCAGGUAAUCCCUUGUCAUAGGGCCACUAUGAGCACUGCAGGAUGUUGAGUCGCAUCCCUGGCCUCUACCCACGCAGUGCCAGUAGCACCUCCCUUCAGUUUUCCCAGCUGGAAGGACGUGUCACAAGUCCACUGAGAGCCGUAGGCUGGGAUGAGAACCACUGCUCUUCCCUGCGCCUGCAAGAGUGUCUGACCAGAUGGGGCUUUAGUUCCUUGCUUUUCCCUGGACAUUUUCCAAAGAGGAUUGGGUAUUUAGAUGUGCCAGGUACUUCAGCUCAUUUAGUCCUCACAGAAACUUCUGGAGGUGGACUCUGUGGUCAUCUCCAUUUUGAAGGUGAGAAAACUGAGGUCACGAGGUGAAGGAAUUUGUCAAGAUGGUACCAUGGGUGGUGUAGAGGAGAAGCCAAAGAUUCCUGUCCAGGGCAUCUGGCUUUCGAGUCCCAGGGGUUAAAGUCCCUGUGUUCUAGGCCACAGGUUGGCAAAUGCUUGCCUGCCAGCCCACUCUGGCCUGUUUUGUAAGUGAGGUUUUAUUGGGAGACAGCCAUGUUCACUGGUUUACGUUCUGUCCGUGGCUGCUACAUGGGCAGAGUUGAGAAUUUGUGAACCAGACCCCUGUGGCCCUUGGAGCCGAAAAUAUUGACUAUCUGGUACUUGGCAGGCAGAGUUUGCCAACCCUGGUCUAGGCAUCAAUGCUUUGGGGGGAGUGUAUCUUGACUAAUAUCUUAUGAACGCCUUUCACUCUUUCUGAAGCUCAUCAGUCAGGUGCAUGGACCUGCUGCGGCAGACAAGUGACUGUGCUGUGGCCACAGCAGUUCACCAGGUAGCAGAGGACAGUAGCCCAGGGCGUGGACCUGGGGUCAGAGACGUGAGGGCUGGAGGUGCAAGGCUGCCAUUUUCUGUUCUCGUGACUUAGGCAAAUGCCUGACCUGGCCAAGCCUCCGUUUCCAUGAGUUUGGGAUGGUUUGGAGGCUCGAAUGGUAUAAAGCCAGAAGAGCACAUGGCCCAGGGCUAGGCUCUGGGGAGUCUUACUGAGCGGUAGGCUUGAUUAUGACGGCGGCUGUGGUGCUGGUGAUGGUGUUGGUGGAGCCUUUGCACCCAGUCGCAUUUAGAACACCCCAGUUUUCGCCACCGAGAGACGGGAGCCACUGGGAACACAGGCCGUGGAGAGUGACACUACCUCUGGCAUCCCAGUGUCCUUCGCAGGAAUGACGGUGGGCACUGGUGCAGUCAGGGCGGGGACUCGGGUUGCCCUGGGCUCGGGGGGUGAGCCCCGGGCCUGCCACGGGGCCCUGCCUUUCCCCCCACAGCCAUUCCACGGCCCGGCGAGAGGGUCCUGGUGCAGGGAGCUCCCUUCCCGGAUCCUGAGUGCUUCUUCUCAGGGCUCACUUCAGCCUGCCGUGGAGGCCCCGGCGUCCUUGAGACUGAGAUAAGGAGGAAGAAAGACAGUGAGAGGCCCCAGAGAUGAGGAGCAAACCAGACCACACGGGAGUUGCUGGCUCCCAGGGCCUGCGCCGCAGUGCCUUCACCUUCCUGUGUUGGCAGCGAUGUGCCGCCCGGCGGGGACGCUGAGGAUGGGUGCGCUGGGAGGCCUGGCCAUGGCAGAAGACAGCCUCCUCUCCUGGGAGCGGGGUGUCUGCGCUGCAGGCACACAGCCUGCCUGGUGGGCAGAACAUGGAGAAAAUGACCAGAGGACGGACCCCUGGCGCUGUGGUGCAGCGGUGGCGUACUCGGCCACUCAGCUUUGGCGUUUAGCUGCUGGGUCCUAGCUCCAUGUCUGAUGAGACCUUCUUGAUCUUAGGCAACCUUGGACAAGUCUCUUCCCCUGAAGCCUUGGUUUCCUCAUCUGUAAAAUGGGCACAGUGUUAGUGUCUACCUCAUGGGGUGCUUGUGUAAAGAAACUGCCGGCAGCAGUUGCGAGCACACGGUAAACUCUGGCUGGAGGUCCAGGUGUCAGUGUGGUGACUGGCCUGCUGGUGGUUUGGGAUGGAGGACGAGGUAGGGUACUUGGCGUUACCUUUCUCCUGCUCCUGUUACUGGGGUCGGGGUGGGGGUGGUGGUGGUGGCAGCUUGGAGCCCUUUGGUACCCGAAGGGAGUUGGGGGCUGGCCAGGGUGUAGAGAGUAGGGGUCUGGUGCCCCCCUUCCAUCUUUGCUCCCCCUCUUUGUGGCAGGCAUACGCCGACUACAUGGGAUUCAUCCUCACCCUCAAUGAAGGCGUGAAGGGGAAGAAGCUGACCUUUGAGUACAGAGUCUCCGAGGCCAUUGAGAAACUGGUCACUCUUCUCAAUACGCUGGACAGGUGGAUUGAUGAGACGCCUCCGGUGGACCAGCCCUCUCGAUUUGGGAACAAGGCCUACAGGACCUGGUACGCCAAGCUUGACCAGGAAGCAGAAAACUUGGUGGCCACAGUGGUCCCCACCCAUCUGGCAGCUGCCGUGCCUGAGGUGUCUGUUUACCUGAAGGAGUCAGUAGGGAACUCCACGCGCAUCGACUACGGCACAGGACACGAAGCAGCCUUUGCUGCUUUCCUCUGCUGUCUCUGCAAGAUAGGGGUGCUGCGGGUGGACGACCAAAUAGCCAUUGUCUUCAAGGUGUUCAGUCGGUACCUUGAGGUUAUGCGGAAGCUCCAGAAGACGUAUAGGAUGGAGCCAGCUGGCAGCCAGGGCGUGUGGGGCCUGGACGACUUCCAGUUUCUGCCCUUCAUCUGGGGCAGUUCGCAGCUGAUAGACCACCCGCAUCUGGAGCCCAGGCACUUCGUGGACGAGAAGGCGGUGAAUGAGAACCACGAGGACUACAUGUUCCUGGAGUGUAUCCUGUUUAUCACGGAGAUGAAGACGGGCCCCUUUGCGGAGCACUCCAACCAGCUGUGGAACAUCAGUGCCGUCCCGUCCUGGUCCAAAGUCAACCAGGGUCUCAUCCGCAUGUACAAGGCCGAGUGCCUGGAGAAGUUCCCCGUGAUCCAGCACUUCAAGUUCGGGAGCCUGCUGCCCAUCCAUCCCGUCGCAUCGUGCUAGGGGGGGCCCACUGCCGGCCGUCCAGGCUGCAGUUCCUAUGCCCGCCCCCCUCCCCGGCUGCAGCCCCUCCCCACCCCCUCCCUCUGUUCUUUGUUCGACAAGAGGCUGUUUACUGGGGUGGGUGGUGAGCGUGGGGUUGAGGGAGGCUCAGGGCAUAAGGCCGAAGGACCCAAGUUGGGAGAAGUGACCAAAGUGUGGCCAGUUUCCUGACUUCCCCUGGGGUGGAUGGGCAAGGGAGUGGGGGGACAGGGGCCCUGGGCCCACCCCGCCAUCUCCUUCCUGUCCCGUCCCGUCUGCGACCCCGGCUGUUCCGGGCCGCUGUGGGGAGGGGGUGCAUUGUGCCCUUGCCAUGGCUCUCCCUUCCCAGGUUGCCUUUCUUGGGGUUGGAGCAGUCGCUCCCCACAGGGUGGGUCAGUCUCCCAAGCCAUGUUCGGGUGGGUGUCCAGGUGUUCUAAGGGCUGGAGGCCAGCCCGGGGUGGGGUUGCCAAGGGAGAAACAGUGGCUCUUCUGCUGGGGACCCUCCCAGUUCCUUCUCACGGCUGCCCCUGGGCCUGUGGGCACCUGUGUCCAGUGCCUCGUCCUUGCUUUUCUGCUCUUGGGCCCUUGGCUCAGGGGUAGCCUCUGGAAGCUGCCCUUUGGGUGGGCUCCAGGCUUCUGGAAGGGCCCCGGCGGGCUUGCCCACCAGUGCAUUGCGUGAGGCCUGCUUUUUCGGAGCUCUCCCCUGCUGGGAGAGGGGGUGGCAGGAACUCUGGAAGGGUGGGUGCGGGGGACCCGGAGAACCUGGGCCCCUCUCGGCCCUCUUGUCUGCUGCUCCUGCUCCGCACUGCUGCUGCUUCCCCAGGCCCUGGCCCCAUUUCCCUGCCCCUCGGCUGGGUGGUGGCUGCAUGGGCAGCAGGAGGGCUCUGAAAACAGCAGUCUGCUCCCUUGUCCUGCUACCUCCCCAAACUCGCCUGCUGGCGUUCCAGGAGGGGGCCGUGGUGGCCCCUCGAGCCUAGGCUUGGGCUCCGAGGAUGGGCAGGGGCUGGGCCGGGCAGGCUCACCUGGGGCUGAGGGGCUGCUCCCAGGCCUGGCUCCUAUUGUAGACUCCCCUCUGCCCGUCCCCCAUCUCCGCUGUCCCUCCUGGCAGCUGGAUGCACACACCUUGGGGAAGGAGGAGCACCCGAGGAGCACAGUUCAGGGGCUUGGCCUCUGGUCUGGGCCGAUGGCCUGGGCAGAGGCUGGGGCAGGAGCCGCAGGGUCACAGAAAGAGUUUUCCUAGGAGAGGCUCAGUCCUGCCUCCCCGCCAGGGUCCAGACCACCGCCUCGCUGGCUCCUCCUCCCCUCUUUCCCCUUGGGUCCCCCUCAGCCCCUGGCGUCUUCUUUGCUGUUCAGAUUAAAGCCUCUGUUUUGCACCUGUCA